GGGUGAGGGUGAGGUGCGGACGAGGAGACCGUCAGCGUUUUCUGGUGUUGGGGUGGUCGACGUUUCUGUUUCGCGGACGUGCCCGGGACACCGGCCAGGCCGGAGCGGCGAGGGCCGAACGACGCUGCUUGCAGCUUUAAUUUAUACUUUAUUUUCACACCACUGUCAUUAUAGUUUCUUGUUUCUGUUUUCAUGAAUAUUUUGUCUCUUUAGCCUGUCGCAAUGUGUUCAUUUCGUGUUAUCUUAUCUGUACAAUGUUUUUCUACUUAUGUGAAUUGGACUAAGAGUCCUGAAUAAAGAAUUAUUGACUAUUAUGUAAUAGCAGUGAGACUCAGUGGCAGUUCAGUACACAUUAUUCCAACGGUCCCUGAAAGCAGCAUUUGGUUUGGGUUACACCUCAAACGCUUUCAAAGAUGCUAAAGCAAAAUAUGCUGCUUUGGCAUAUAAUUAAAGACCAACGGGUCAUUAAAAACGCUAUUUAACCCAAUCAACACACAAUGGAGGAAGAAGCUAAGACGCAAACAUGUCAGCUCUUGGAUCUGCCCUGGGAGGAUGUGCUCGUACCACAUAUUUUGUCCCAUUUACCGCUGCAGCAGCUUGUCAGCCUGCAGAGGGUGAGCAAGCAGUUCCACAGCCUGGUCCAGGUUUUUCUUGCUAACUGCAGGAGCUUUACGUUAUCAGUGAUUGGACCAUGCAUUCCAAAAGAAGCCUUUUGCACCAUGUUAAAGGACAAUAAAGUUCUCCAGAACUUGUCUCUUCAGAAUUGUUCAGAUUGGGUUUCGGACAAGGAGCUGCUGCCAGUUAUCGGUCAGAACCAGCAUCUGCAGAGGGUGGACAUGAGCGGCUGCGCCUGCCUUACCCGCCACUCUCUGGUGGCUGUGUCCUUGAGCUGCAUGCAUCUGCAGCAUCUUGGCCUGGCACAUUGUGAAUGGGUGGACAGCCUGUCCCUGCGCAGCCUGGCUGACCACUGCGGGGGACUCCAGUCCAUCGACCUCACCGCCUGCCGCCAGCUGAAAGACGACGCCAUCUGCUACAUGGCCAGGAAGUGUUUGAAGUUGAAGUCUCUAUCGUUGGCAGUCAAUGCCAACAUUACAGACGAGUCUGUGGAAGAGGUGGCCAAGAACUGCAGAGAGCUAGAGCGGCUGGACCUGACAGGCUGUCUGCGGGUCAGAAACCAGUCCAUCAGGACUCUUGCAGAGUAUUGUCCGAAGCUGCAAUCCCUGAUGGUGAAUCACUGCCACAAUGUGACAGAGUCGAGUCUGGAUCCUCUGAGGAAGCGGAACGUAGUGAUUGAUGUGGAGCCACCUUUACAGAGGGCUCUGGUGCUUCUGCAGGAUGUGCUGGGGUUCGCUCCAUUUAUCAAUCUCCAGAUUUAGGCAGACAUGUUUACCCAACAGGGGCAUAAAGGUUUUUCUUAAAGCUGCAUCACAUGAACCUGUGUUUGAAGAAAUGCUGAGAUUCUUCAUGAAGAUCAGGAUGCAUUCUUACAAGUGUGUGGCAACACAAGUUUCCCCUGAAGUGUGAUUUAUGAUGCAUUUUUACAAAAAUAAGUUUUAUUUUGCAAAAUCAAAGAAGGAAGCCAUGUAUGUUUUCUAGCUUCACCGCCUCGUGUCCCAAAGUCGUCACUGCACUGUUUUUCUUUCUUCACUUGUAACGACGAGGCUUUAUAGCAAAAUGCUUUUAACCAAAAUGAGAUCUAUUGGUUUGUUGCUUGUUGAAACAAAAUGCAAAAGCAAUUGUCUUCUGUUUCUUUUGAAACAUUAAAAAAAUGUUUGUGGUUAUAAAAUGUUUAAUUUUGCAUGGGCGUCUUUAAACUGCAGCUAACACGAAUCAAAGUGAGUUUUCCUGACUUCAAAUUUAUCUGCUGUUUUCCCCAAUUCCCAAUAAAAAUUGAAACUGAUUUCCAGCCUGUAGAUACCCAGAUAUCAAGUGUUGACAAUAUUUGAAGGAACUGACUUUUUAAUUCUUAAUAUUUGCACAUGCUCAGGCUUUGUAUUAGUUUGAAUUUAUAAAGACUGCUUCCCACGGAGUCUCUAAAAAGAUUUUAUAAGAAGAGCUUGUUGGAGUGUUUCUGCUGUUGGAUGAAUUAUGAAUAAAACACUAAAUGUUAAACCGA